AGAAGACAAGCGGAAGUUAGGUUGAUGGGGUUUUGGGCUUUGGUUGUUGGACGGCGAGGCUUUGGAUGAGGUUGUUUAGGAUGACGGUGAGAAGAAAGUGUGUGUUUUAUCGUUAAACAUGUCAUCCAAGAGUGUGUAGUUCGCAGCCGGUUGAAGACGAAGACGGAACUGGAUCUGGGCGUGUUCAUGUUGUGCGACUUGUUGUUGUUGUUGUUGUUAUUACUGCGCCGUUGCCAGAGUCGACUCGCACUCGUUUUUCCCAGGGUCAUCGGCCACUGCGCCCUUUUCCUCCCCGCCGAGAGUUCGCAAAAUGACAGGAGAGAAGAUCCGCUCCCUCCGUAAGGACCACAAGCCGGGGAAGGACGAGGACUUGCUCGAGCCGGACGAGGAAGCCGCGACCGGUACGUUCACAUCGUCCAGCAGCAGCACCACCACCAGCACCACCACCAGGACUAACAGCAAAGGCAAAGGCAACAAGAUCUUCACCAACCACAAGCUCAUCAAAUCCGCGUCUCAGCACAGCCACAACCAUCAGCAACAGACUCACAUCAACGCCAACACUAACGGCAUCACCACCCCGGAAACCGUCGACGAUAAAAACAAGAACCCGAUUAUUCGAAGCGCCGACGAUUUCCCGGUGCACGAGUGCGUGUUCAAAGGAGACGUGCGGCGAUUGUCGUCGCUUAUUCGCACUCAGAAUAUCGCACAAAAAGAUGUCCACGGAAACACUCCUCUUCAUCUGGCUGUAAUGAUGGGUCAUAAAGAAUGUGCACAUCUCCUGCUGGCCCACAAUGCACCCGUAAAGGUGAAAAACGCUCAGGGAUGGAGUCCUCUCGCCGAAGCCAUCAGCUACGGAGAUCGUCAGAUGAUCACGGCGCUGUUGCGGAAGCUGAAGCAGCAGUCCAGAGAGAGCGUAGAGGACAAGAGGCCUCGGCUGCUCAAAGCUCUCAAAGAGCUUGGCGACUUUUAUUUGGAGCUUCACUGGGAUUUUCAAAGCUGGGUGCCUUUACUGUCUAGAAUUUUACCCUCGGACGCUUGCAAGAUCUACAAGCAGGGGAUCAACAUCAGGUUGGACACCACACUCAUCGACUUCACAGACAUGAAAUGCCAGCGAGGAGACCUGAGCUUCAUCUUCAACGGCGACGCCGUUCCGUCCGAGUCCUUCGUGGUGCUGGACAACGAGCAGAAAGUGUACCAGCGGAUACACCACGAGGAGUCGGAGAUGGAGACGGAGGAAGAGGUGGACAUUUUGAUGAGCAGCGACAUUUACUCGGCCACCCUGUCCACCAAAUCCAUCACCUUCUCCCGAGCGCAGAGCGGCUGGCUCUUCCGCGAAGACAAAACCGAACGGGUGGGGAACUUCCUGGCAGAUUUCUACCUGGUCAAUGGCCUGGUUCUGGAGUCGAGGAAGCGGAGAGAGCACUUGAGCGAGGAGGAUAUUCUGAGGAACAAGGCCAUCAUGGAGAGCCUCAGCAAAGGAGGCAAUCUCAUCGAGCAGAGUUUUGAGCCUGUGAGACGCCAGUCCCUGACGGCUCCCGCUCCGAACACUAUUUCCUGGGAGGAGUACAUCACGUCUGAGACUGGGAAAGCUCCUCAUCUUGGAAGAGAGCUUGUCUGCAAAGAGAGCAAGAAGAACUUUAAAGCCACUGUUGCCAUGAGCCAGGAUUUUCCUCUCGGAAUCGAGUCGUUACUGAACGUUUUAGAAGUGAUUGCACCCUUCAAGCACUUUAAUAAACUCAGAGAAUUCGUUCAAAUGAAGCUCCCACCAGGCUUCCCAGUGAAAUUAGACAUCCCUGUGUUUCCCACCAUCACGGCCACCGUGACGUUUCAGGAGUUCCGCUACGACGAAUUCGAGGAGUCCAUUUUCACCAUCCCAAACGAGUACAAAGAGGACCCCAGCCGCUUCCCCGACCUCUGAUCCAGCCGUGUGUUGUCUUUCUCAAUCUUUCUGCCUCUCCACUGUAUUCUCCUCUCCACUGCAUCUCCAUCUCUCUCCUUUCUCGGAUCUGACUCUCUCUACAGGAAGCAACCGUCACGUCACGUCACGUCACGUCAUCGAGCUCCGAGACGAGACGCCCCCGCGGAGCCGAAGCACACGACCGGUUGCUGUACGCGUUGUAUCGGGGUAAAGGGAUCGCGCCGUCCUGACGGCGUAGCGACACUUUAGCGGACUACGGGACACGUAAACGGAAAUGACCAGACUUUCUCGAGGAGCUCACGCGAGCGGGACAGGGCACCACCGUAAUGCACUACAUCACUCCUCUCAGUGCCGACGCCCCAAGGCUCCAGCGUAGCUCCUCUUCUUCAGAACGUCCAUCGAGAGUGAACCUCCUCCUCCUCCUCCUCCUCCUCCCACCUCAACGCUUCCAUGUUACUCUGGCAGGAAAUGUGGCAUUACAAGUUCCGUAUUUAUGUUUGUCGCGUAUGUUUUCAUAUACGUUUUGUUACACGACUUUACCCUUCACGUUCAAGAAACACAACAGAAGUGCGAGGAAACGACCCGAGUAUGAUUCUCGCGUCGUACGAAACCCGUCGAUAUAAUCGCUAUGUGCUUUCUACGGAUAAGAAGAUUCUUUGUAAAUACCUCUGUUUGGCGCCCGGUCCCAGAGCAGCGUGCGGCGAGCUCUGCAAACCGCUUCUGUUACUGCCUCUUCUGACCCCGCCCCCCCAAAUAAUAAUAAUAAUAAUAAUAAUAAUAAUAAUAAUAAUAAUUUCCCAAUUUGUGAUUCUCUUCCGUUUCAUCCUCGACUGCACGGAACCACACGAGUUCCCCGAAACAGCACAGAGUUUUUCAUUUUUCUUUUUCUUCCCGAUCACACGCUUCUGAUUUCCCGCGGAAGCGAAUAAAGAAUCCGGCGCUCGUUUGUAAACGCAGUGUACAGUUUGAGAUAAACCUGUUUAACAGCAGCACGACUUUCAGUGGACGACGCGUACGUUAUUUCUCACGUUAUUAUCCUCAUUUUUUUUUUUUUUGAUAGAUGGCUGUAGAUAUAUAUAUAUAUACAACGUUUUAGAUUAUACAACAUCUAUACUGAUAAAGCUGUUAUGAUUGUAUUAUGUACAAAAAAAAAAAAAAUUUUAGAAA